GAAAACUGAGAAUUAAAAAAACGGGUUCUUUCGUGAAUAUUCUUUAAGUACGGUUGAAACUGCCAAGGGUUUCAGUGAGUCACCCACAAAGAGUUUAUGCUGAUGGAUACUUUCUGUGUGUGUGUGUGUGAGUGUUAAUUUUGCAUCAAUAGUGCUGAAUUCACCGAGGUCCGAGACGUGUUUCACCAUCAGGAGUUCAAGCGAAGCCUGCGAAGGGAACUGAAAACAAAUGAUUGAGUGAAAGGCGAGGGUGGAGGAUGUGUAGUAAACACACGCUGUGUGGGAGACUUUCUUUUUUUUUCCCCCUUCUUUCCAAGGAAACUGUUCUUGGCUCACGUCCAUCCGGCUGCGAGAGGAUACAAAAGGGAGCAAAAAUAUGGAGAGUUGAGCUUUUCCCACUCACGCGACCUGAGGAGAGAAGCUCAGAGGCAGCUGCUGGAGCAACUUUAUACCUUCUGAAAGGGACAAAGAUUCACUCACAGCUUUAAGGAUGAACUCCACGCUCUGGUGCAUGGUCCUCCUGGCCUGCGUCUCCACCUGUACAUCUCUAGUCAGCAAGCGAUGCUCGUGUGUGACAAAAAGGAAGCGCGUGAAGGCCACACUCAUCGUCGAGAUCAAGGAGAGGCCUCCUCGUUCCUACUGCAGCAGCCACGAGAUCAUCGCCACUCUGAAUCCCGGAGGCAAGUCCUGCCUUGACCCCAAAUCGCCCUUCAUCCAGGAAGCUGUGAGAACCUUCAAGAAAAGAAAGGAGGAAGAAAUGAGGAGUGGCAACGUGAACGGCACUGGAUGGGAACCGACAGCGACUCUGCCCAGCACCUUCCUCCACAGUCCAAAUUCAACAAAGACUUCCCCGACGGAGGGGUCGGGAGGGGUGGGAAGGGGUCCCAGUAGGUAUCUGGGUUCCAGAGGACGUCACUUAGUCUAAAGGAGAACAGAAACGAUGGUGUGAGUCAGUUGGGGUUGGGUAGCUAAAACAGACGAUCGAAACGUCUUUUGAGGUGAUGAAGAUAAAUUAUUUUCAGACUUGAACACAGAAGUUUACAUAUAUAUACACAAUUACCGCUUCAUGUUUUAAUACUUCCAUAUCCCUCACUCUUUUAUUCAAAUAUGUGUGAAAAGGAGAAACUUAAUUCAUCAUAGCAUCUUAUUCAAUACCCAAACCACAGUUUAUUAACUCAAUAAUUACCGAUCGCAGCCAAACACUUGUUCUGUACUCAGCCACCGUUUAGACGACGACGUGGCUCAAAGCCACUGAAAAUGCUCCGACUCCGUGGAAAUGAAAGAAACGCUGCUACUGAGGCCACGUUUACACAUAUUUCUCCCUCUAAGUUUUCAAAAAAAAAACAAACAAAAAAAUAAUUUCCAUCAACACCUCAUCGGGAGCUGCUAUGAGCAAGACACGCCUCUAGGGGGCAGUGUAGAGAAGUGAACAGUCAUGUUAGCCAACCAGGAUACUGGAACGGCAAUGAACAGAAGUAGAAAUCCUCCUAAAUGUGACUUCAGUGUAGAAAACAAGUCAAAUAUAAGAAAAUUUUGACGGUCAAUGAAACCGUAAACACAGCUCUCACACACACACACGCUGCAUGCUGGGACGUUAAACUGCGUCUUGAUGGUGAACGUUCAUUGUGCCGUUCACCUCCUGUUCCUCUGGCGGACUGAGUCUUUGCGUCUAAACCUUUGUAUUUUUAUGACUUUUUUGUUGCUCUUUUCUUGAAAGUCUCCUGUUUUUGUAAGAUUCUAAGUUUUGAAAUAAAGUUUGAUUUUGUAUUUUA